UAUUCACGUACGUCUACAUACUCAAAAUGAAUGAUUCUUUUCUGGAAGAGUUAGAACUAAUACCAAAAGAAUCAACAAAGACAUCUCAGCAACUGGAUCGUCAUGUAACUACCAGGGCUACUAGGCAUGCUACUUCAUCUCCAUUAUUUCAUCUUUCAGAACAAGAUGAAAGAGAUGACAUUAUGCGACAGAAGGAACAUAUUAUGAUAACAAUUCCAAGUACACCUGAUAUAAAAAUCAUAGAUAAUAAAGAAUCUUCUUUGAAAAAUUCCAAGAAACAAUCUGAUCAAAAUGUAAAAAAACAUUCUGUAAAAGCAUCAGAGAAAUUGGAAAAGAUUCCAGACAGCAAAGGAAAAUCUUCCGAUACAAAAAUAAAAACAAACAAUAGUAAUCAGCAGAGUAUUAGCGGAGAACAGAAAAUAAAACUUCAUGAAGCAAAAUAUUCUAAAGCAUCUGAAAACAAAGAUCAUAAACGACGUUCAGGAUCAUAUAAAGAAACUUCCACAAAUAUUUUUUUGAAGCAGAAUAAACGCUCUCUUGAUUCUUCUUACAAUAAUUCUUCAGAUACUUCAAGUAAAGAAAAUAGUCGUCCCUCUGAUUCUUCCAAGGAGGCUGGUCCUUAUAACCCAAUUAAAGAGAAAGAAAAAUUAACUGAUAAAUCGAGGAAAUCAGGUAUAAAAGUACAAGAUCAAGAUCCAGUUGUUUUACUUACUGCUAUCAAAGAAUUGAUAAGCACAUAUACCAAGCAAGAAAGCACAAAAAUUCUACGCGCUAUGCAGGAGCUACAUAUAAACUCUCAAGCUACCUUGAUAAAAAAUCUUUUGAACCAAACAGAUGAUCUGAUCAAAGAAAUGCAUCCCAGCAAAGAGUCAGUUAGAAUGAAAGCAUUGAUUGAUGAGAAUGAGCAAUUACAUCAGGAGUUGAUGGCUUUGCGAAUGCGAAAUGAAAGUUUACUGAAUAAAUUAGAAGAACUUGAAUUUUUGAGACAAGAAAACGCGACUUUGAAAUUAAAAUAUAACGAGCUAACUCAGACAUAAUAUCAUACAAUUGCAUUAAAUAUUGGAC